UUAAUCGCAGUCAUGGCCGAACAGAAAGAUAGAUGGUCUACCGACGCGUACCAACACUCGGCUUCUUUUGUACCCAAACUUGCAACAAAAGUCGUCUCCUGGUUAGACUUACAAAAGGAUGACGUUCUUCUUGAUAUAGGAUGUGGUGAUGGCAUAUUGAAUGCCGAGUUUGCCAAGAUCCUUUCGCAGGGGGCAGGGUCAAUGCACGGUAUUGACAGUUCAGCAUCCAUGAUUGAGGCUGCUCAGGAAUUGUGUAAAGAUCACAAGAACUCGACUUUUGAUGUCUUGGAUGCUACUCAGCUCGUCUCAAAGCCAGAGCUUCAGAAAGGUACUUUCAACAAAGCCUUUUCCAACGCAGCUAUGCACUGGAUUCUACGUCCGGAAGAGGCUCGCGCCCAGUUCUUUGACGGAGUAUAUGCUGCGCUGGCCCCCGGCGGCACAUUCGCCUUUGAGAUGGGCGGCCUGGGCAACGUUUCUGAAAUGCGGGCGGCGAUUCUAAGUUCUGUAGCUCGCCGAGUGGGUUUGGAAAAGGCUCUGGCUGCCGACCCCUGGUUCUUCCCAGAUGAAACAUGGAUCACGAGUGCCCUUGAAGCGGCAGGUUUCAAGGUUGAGCGGGCAGAGCGCGAGUGGCGACCAACACCUGCUGACAAGGGUGGCGUUGAAGGUUGGGUCAGGCUGAUGGGAAGUCAGUUACUGGAUGCAGUGGCUGAUGAGAAAGAAAGAGAGGAGGCAGCUCAAGAAUGUUCGAGUAUACUGAGAGAAGUGUGUCGCAACCCUGGCGGAGGGGAGAUGAUAUCCUAUGUCCGGCUUAGAGCCAUAGCUCGGAAGCCCGAGUAG